AUGGAAAAAUAUUCGGAUGUAGGUUUCGCCAGGGGCGGAGCUAGCCACUCGAGCACCUGGAGUGGUGCACAUGCCAUGCACUCGGGGGCGGGGCAAUCUGCCCAAAGGAUGGGGCAAUCCUCACAGGGGGCCAAUCAUGGCGUGGUGUGGUGAUCCUCUUGGGGGGCGGCCAAUCGUGGUGUGGCAGUGUGAUCCUCCUGGUGGGAGUCCGAUAGUGGCGCGGUGGCGUGAUCCGCCCAGGGAGAUUUUGUCACCCCCCCUCUGGGAUGACACCCGGGGCAGCCUGCUCCCACCGCACCCCCCUUCCUACACCCCUGGGUGCGGCUCCACUUCCCCUUCUAAACGGGGAGUUCUCUUAGCCAGUGUGGUGUGGUGGUUAAGAGCGGUAGUCUCAUAAUCUGGGGAACCGGGUUCGCUUCCCCACUCCUCCACAUGCAGCUGCUGGGUGACCUUGGGCCAGUCACACUUCUCUGAAGUCUCUCAGCCCCACUCGCCUCACAGAGUGUUUGUUGUGGGGGAGGAAGGGAAAGGAGAAUGUUAGCCGCUUUGAGACUCCUUGGGGUAGUGAUAAAGCAGGAUAUCAAAUCCAAACGCUUCUGUCAAAAUGUCUUGCGGAACCUUCCAGCGUUAUGGGAAAUUCCAACUGUCACUCUUCAUUUGCCUCUUUUCUCUCAAUCUCUGUUCUAAUAUCUAGGUAGCCUUAUGCCAAGUUUCUCAUGGACUGUGAUACUCUGAAGAAAAUAAUCCUGACAGAUUUACCAGUGCAUUGACUGGUUUUGCUGUUGAGCGAGAGAAAGGAGUCUUGGUUUCCAAGGGCUUUACUGCCUCAGGAGGGUCACAUUUUUUCACCAUGACAGCAUAGCCGCAAGUCAUGCAAAACAUCCUUAUUCCCAUGUCCAUCCAUGAGACAUGAGCUACUCUGAUGAUGUCAGCUCAGUUUCUCUUUGAAAUUUAUACCAAAGAACUGAUUUGUAGCCAUGAUCCUGACCACAUCAACUUUUUAACCAUGGCUGAAUUAUUUUGUUUGCUUUCCUGCAAAACCAUCACAUCACAUUUUAAUGUAAAUAUUGUCAUGAAGUGAUUAAUAUGAGACUUGUAACUUUUACACAUUUUUUAAUCUACUGGUUUUAUAACUUUAAUUUCGUAAAUGCUUGUAGUUAAGAGAUGGGAUUUCACUUAUAUGGCUAAAUAUAUGGAUAAACCUAAAGUCACAAUCAGAAUAUAUGAACCCUACAUUACUGCAUUAGUUAUGAAGUGCACAAUGGGUUUUCAAAAGACAAAACGGAUGCGAAUAAACGUUAGAAGCAGAAACAAUGACUGUUCUCUCUCUCUCCUUUUUAAUUCUUUAGUAGAAGCUCUUUAAAACAUCCACUUUUGUUGCCUUUUCCAGCUAUUCUCUCUGAAGCUAGGUCACUGUGUGUUCAGCGUGCCCAUUUUGUCCUGAGUGGAGUUAUGUACAGCCCUAGAAUAUUGCACCUCAGGAGAGGAAAAGAACAGUCAGAUGAUAAUAUAUGAGGUUGCCAUACCUCAGGUUACACAUUCCAAUCCUUUGUAAUAUGACUGCCAUGGAAGCUUUAUGAUUCUAGCCAAGAAAGUCAUUUGAAAACCUGAUGUGUUCAUAACUUUGCCAUUAGUUGUCCUGUUCAUGUAAACUUCUGAUCACAUAGAAGGAGUACAAACCUUCCAUCAUUUCCUGGUUGAAAGUAAGGGCACUCAUAAAAAUCUUGUGUUCCUGCUCGGGUUCUGCCACGGUUUCCAGACCAUUUUAAAGGAAAUGUCAUGCAACACGCUAUAAUAGUUUAAGCAAGAAGUUAGAAGUGCAUUGGUAAUUGUGGCUAAUCUACCGCCACCCAGUUUGAAGCUGAUAUAUCAGCCAAAGCAGAUAAAAGGUGCUUCAAGUCACAUAACAAUUCAAAGUGUUGGUGCGGACCUUUAAAGCCCUAAACGGCCUCAGUCCUAUAUACCUGAAGGAGCAUCUCCACCCCCAUUGUUCAGCCCAGACACUGAGAUCCAGUGCCAAGGGCCUUCUGGCGGUUCCCUCAUUGCGAGAAGUGAAGUUACAGGGAACCAGACAGAGGGCCUUCUCGGUAGUGGCGCUCGCCCUGUGGAAUGCCCUCCCACCAGAUGUGAAGGAAAUAAGCAGCUAUCUUAUCUUUAAAAGACAUCUAAAGGCAGCCCUGUUUAGGGAAGUUUUUAAUAAUUAAUGCUGUAUUGUUUUUAACACUCAAUUGGAAGCCGCCCAGAGUGGCUGGGGAAACUCAGCCAGGUGGGCGGGGUAUAAAUUUAUUAUUAUUAUUAUUAUUAUUAUUAUUAUUAUUAUUAUUAAUCAUGUGUCAGUGCUGGAUCAGUUAGCACUUCUGGACUGCAGAUCUGAUCCUUUAGGUGUGUGGAGAUGGAGUUCAGCAACCUGUUAGAUAAAGAUGUAGCAAAAGCAAAGGGUCUCAGAUGUGCCACAAGUAGGAGAAACAGGAACUCAAAGUGCAUGCAGGCAUUUGGCUGCUGGAGAUAAGGGAAGCAAACCAAAAACCGCACAGCAAAUCAAAUACAUAAAGCACACAAUUAAACACUACAGGAAGUGAUAAUGGCUGAGAUUCGCAUCUGCUUGGCACGAUAGCUCGAUUGAUAUAAGUAAACCAUAGGCCAGGUCAAAAGCAACAGAGUGCAGUUGUGGCCAGCAGCACAAUGUUACCCCAAUCCCAGAAAAGAUAUUUAAACCACAAAGGUAAUAGCAAGCCUGAGGAGGGCAGAAUGGAGGAGAGGAGCAGCAACAGGGUCAGGAAAGGGGAUGAACUCGCCUCAUUGUGCAAGGCUGGGUGGUGAGCUGGAAAGUUACCCACUUUCACCUCCCUUUGAGGAUUGUUUCUGGACAGAAGAAGGAAAUAAGCAGGUCUUCGGAAGAUUGCAAUAGGAACAUCAGGACACUAGAGGGAACUAGAGGCAAGCAUAAUGGAAAAACAGAAAGCCAAAAAGGUGUUCGUGGUCUCCGUGAUAAGAUAGGUGUCUGCAUCCUAUCCCUAUAGAAUGGGAUAUAUUGCAGCCUUACUCCCAUUUCUCAAUGGCAGAAGAGUCACAGGUUGUGCUCCGAGGGUUUCAGAAAAGUAAACUCUCACAUGCACACUAUUGCAUUUCUACUUUUUUUAAAAAGAGAUUGGUUCUAUUUUACAGCUGAGGAACAGUGAGACAAAAUAAUAAUCAGUGCAUUCAUCGAAUUCUUCAGCAGAAAUAAUAGUUAACUGAGCGUUUCUGAGAAUCUGCAAAGCAGAUUCUCUUUAGCACUGAACAGCUGAGCUUAAGAAUAAACUAAAAGUUCCAGCACUUCUCUCAUGAGAAGUUAAAUAGUGACUUCACCUUCAUUGCUAGCAAAUUACAAAGAAGUAAUUUGAAGCUUCUUAAGCUCUUUUCUGCACCAAAAUACAUGCCUGCACCACAGUGGAGGCUGCAGUGGUUUUGUAGCGAUGGCUAUAUACCACCCCACUCCUUCUGUUAGUGAAAUAUUAGGGCCAUAUGUACUAUACAUUUAAUGCAGUAUUAUAGCACUGUAACAGUCUUGGCUUACCCCCAAGAGUACAGUGGUACCUCGGUUUUCGAACGCAAUCCGUUCCAGAAGACGGUUUGACUUCCAAAACGUUUGAAAACCAAGGCGCAAAUGUCCGCCUGCAAUUUCCAUUCAGAAAAUUGGGGAAAAAACCCAGCGGAAGCUGUUUGACUUCUGAGGCAAGUUUGAAAACGGAAGCAAUUACUUCUGGGUUUUUGGCAUUCAAAAACUGAAACAUUUGGCUUCUGAGACACUCGAAAACCGAGGUACUAUUGGAUUAGGACGUUUUGUUUGUUAAAGGUGCUGAGAGUUGUUAGGAGAUCCCUAUUCCCCUUACAGAGCUACAAUUUCCAGAGUGGUUUAACGGUCCAUCACUUUUCGUAGGGAACUCUAGAAUCUCAUACCCUCCAACAUUUCUCUGGUGAAAAUAGGGACAUCCUAAUGAAAAGCGGGACAUUCUGGGAUCAAAUCAGAAACUGGGACAGCUUCUGUAAAUCUGGGACUGUCCCUGGAAAAUAGGGACACUUGGAGGGUCUGGAAUCUAGCUGUGUGGGGGGAAAUGAGGGUACUGAGAGUUGUUUGGAGACCCCUAUUUCCCUCACAGAGCUACUAUAAGGGAAGUAAGGGUCUCCUCAUAACUCUCAUCACUGUUAGCAAACGACAGUCCUCGGGAUUCUUUAGAAGCCAUGACUGCUAAGUGGUACAGUAAUCCUUUAAACGCAUGGUGUGGAAGUGUCCUAGGACUAAAAGACAGGAUUUAAGAGAUUCACUUAGAACCACGGUAGUCCAAAAUGAGCAUUUUGUACAAGUUUGGAAGAUCUCUCUGGUGGGAGGUGAAAAGGAACAUCUGAGAUUAAACAAAUCACACACACAGUCUCAAUGCAGAAUACAAAGGCAAGCCAAGACGGAAGACAGAAAGUUAUUUUGGAGUUCCUUGGCAGGAGCGAGGAGAAUAUCUGAAAUGGAAAAAGUCCAGAGUACAGUAAUCAACAGUUAAAUGAGACAAAGGGAAGGAAAGGGGACGAGUCAGUCUGGUGCUGUGUAAACACCCCUUUUACACACUAUUGCUUUCACUUCUCACUGCUUCCUGGUGAUACCUGAGACACACACUGUGAGGCUGAGGACGAUCAGAUCAAGGAGUGUAACGUAAGUACUUUUGGACAAAGUUAAUUAAAUUGAUUUGGGGACAGUAUUUUAUUUGAUCCAGGCCUCAACUGGGAAAGGCCUGAAAGAAUAAAAUGGUUCUGCUGAACAUGAGUAGAGAGUUUCCCCCUCAUGAACCCCAACAAGGAACAAAAGGCAAUUUUUUUUAUCCCUGCCACAGUGUGUGGAAGUCUUUUCUUUGGAAAAUUAAGGCCUGGGCAAGCUUCUCCUCCUCCUCUCUCUCAAGCAUCUCCGCUUAGAGAGGAAUAGCACCCACAACCACACCAUACAUUUAAAAUGCUCUUAUACCACUUUAACAGUUAUGGCUCCCCACCCCCACUGCCCCGAUCCUGGGAACUGUAAUUUCUUCAGGAUGCUGGGAAUUCUAGCUUUGUGAGGGGUUUCCUAACAAGUCUCAGCAUCCUUAACAGCUCCAAAUUUAGGGUGGUAUGGGUGGUUCCCAGGGUGCCAAGCUAAGGAUAAUAAUAAUAAUAAUAAUAAUAAUAAUAAUAAUAUAUUUAUUUAUAUGGAUACCAGCUGAGAAUAUCCAUAAAAAACAACUAUACCAAAACUGAUAAUUGUGAAACUAAGAUAUAUUGUUUUUUGGGGGGGGGCAAUUUUUGUCCUCAUUCAGGGCUCCAUAUUACCAAAGUCCACCCCUGCCUUUAACAAAUUAUACUUUCCAGGACUCUUUGGAGGAAACCAUGAUUAUUAAAGUGAUAUAAGCAGUGCUUUUUUUCAAGAAAAAUAGGUACCAGAACUCAUCAUGAAGUUCUUACAGUAAGUCACCGGAGAAGUGCCGGAACUGUGCUUUGGUGUGGCCUGGCUGAAAAAAAGCACUGGGCAUGAGAAGUGGAUACGAAGUGGAUGUUGCAUCAGAAAAGCCUCGAGCUAGAUUGUUCGAGACCAUUUCUGAUGUCACUUGUUCAUUCCAUAAUCUAACUAAGAGAUACUUACUAAGACAAAGGUUCUUUCUGAGGGUUUCAGUAAUGUUAGCUAGGGGUUAAGAGCAUUCCCUUUCGAAAGGAAUACAAAACUGUAGGGCUGAAUCUCAGGGCUAAGAUCCAGCUCCCCUAAGGCCCAAAGGCCCCUCAAAUGAUCACCUGGAGAGUAGCAGAUUAUGGAGGCAGAGGCACAGAGACCCAGUACCAUGACUGUCAUGGGCAUGCCAGCGGAUACUGCAUUUACCCUUUUUUCGUUUUAAAACAGCAUUUAUUAUCCAGGCAUGUCUAUGGUUACAGAAGUUCAUUUUACUAUUUUUACUUUUAAAACAAACAAUCCUUUCCUACAAAGCGUGUUCUCCCUCAUGGAGAGCACGUGUUGCGGUGGGGUCUGCCAAGCCACCCCUCUGUUGCCAGGCAGGGUCUCUAAAGAUGGCCUGGGACAACGAUUGGUUCGCUGGGUUGCUGGGGUAAAAGUUAUGUUGCAAUUUUGGUGGGAGGGGUAAAAUGUUUAAAUACUCUGCACGCAGCCUGGAGCUUUCUCUUUGCUGCGUGCAAUGGAUCACCCGCCCACCCGCCCUAAAGUAAGGGGUUGUUGCAUUGACCUUGCUAUGCCUGUCAUGGGGUCAUCUGACGUUGGGGCAGGGGCCUGGUAGGAAUUUUGUCCAUCUGGCUGAUUGGCCGGGCCAUUUGGUUUUUGCCUACUGCGUAGCAAAUCGUCACAACUUGUAAGGCUGCGGUUAGGCAUUGGUUAUAAAUUGGUGGAGGAGGGGUUAGGAUAGGCUGUGCCUGCCCCUCCAUGGUUGCUGCGGAAAGGGAAUUCCGUUAAAGGAAUCCUGGGGCUUGCCAUCUUUUCGUCCAAUCCCUGGAAUGGGACUAGGGCCGGCAAGCCUUCGGGGAGCAUGAGGGUGAGAAUUGAGGGCCUGUGACUCAGCUCCAUUUCUCCCCGACUUGUUUUCCCGCACUUGCUUUCGGUGGUGCCCGGAAGUCAGUUCUGUCCCCAGGCGGGGGGACAGAUAGUCUUAACCAAUGCCUAAACAACCACUCACGGUUUUGUAUUUAAAUAAAGUUGUGGCCAAAAUUAUGCCAAAAACCUUAAACAAAAAUUAAGUGUGCGUUGUGAGUUAUUUGGGGGGUGGCAUGGGGACCUCGACACGCAACAACAUGGUUUGCAUAUUCCCAAAUAAGCAUAUGCAGCACCAGGGCAGCAGAAUCAAAUGCCAUUUUACUUGUGUUGCCUUUCUGGUACUAUGUGGUUUUUAAAAAAGUAUACAACUGCACAUGUUCAGAGUAUUUCUUCUUUAACAGGGUUGGUUAAAUGUAUUUGUGUGGAGGGGGGUUGUGUUAACUUUUCAGGCAUGUGGAAGCAGUUGUAAAGCAUGGAAUGGAUGUUGGGGAGGGGGACAUGUUAAUGGUGUCAUUCCCCUCCCAAAAUAUUCUGAAUUUACAAGGGAAACAAGUGGCAGAGAGCCUGGUUUUUCAUCCCCACCCCCCCACUAGUUCCACCUCUCAAAGUACAACUGGGUAAGUAUCCUUAGGCCAUGUGGAUUACAUGUUACAAUUAUUAUAUUUAGAAUUAUUGUUCUACAAUUUAGAAUGCUUCUAUCCCGGUUUAUAGCACAGAGGCUUUCAGAGCAGCUUAUGGAUGAAUCUCAGAAGAAAACCACACUCAAAUCUACUACAGGAACAGAAAUCACAUAGUGUACCCGCCUUUUUCCUUGGUGCGAUACCAGGCAGCAGCUCCCACCAAAAUAUUCUGAGAUAAAGGCGUAGGAUUGAGCAGCUGGAACUUGCUCAGCCCCUAAUGAGGGCUCUUCCCUUCCUUUCCUAACAAUUCAUAAGAGCUGCAUUAUAAACUAAAGAAUGCAGUUAACAAACAAAUUCAGUCUCUUCCUGUUCAAACUCGUCCUGUUAGAAACUUUCAGGAUGUCAAUUCUGCCAUCAACCUCAACACAGUCAUCAAGGCUAAGAUCAAAGUUCACAGUGGCAAUGCAAAUUCUGGUAUGAACCGUGUUUUAAAAGCAAUAUUUCCUUCCCCGCCCAUGCCACUGGAAGGAGCAAGAAACACUUUACUGAUAAGAUACAUAAAGCUAUUGCAUGCCCCUGUCUCAUGCUUAGAGGUCUGUGUGGGCACCAGCAUGCCUAAUAAAAGUUUAAAUGAGUCAAGAGAGAGCUAGAUUAGGUCAAGAAUAAUGCUGAUCCCUCCUUCCCUUCCGUGUCUCUGAAGCCCCAAAUAGAAUCUGGUAUAGUUGGUGCACAGCACUAUUUUUCUAGAAAAAGAGGUGCCGGAACUCACGAUGAACGCCCCCUUGUUCUCUUAUAAUGGCAAUGGCACCCACCUGAGAGGUGACAGAACUGAGUUUUGUUGAGUUCUGGCUGAAAAAAAAAAGCCCUGUUGGUACACAACCCAAAAGGAACCUAGCAGAAACUGUUCUCUGCUCUUCAUGUUUGUCUGGCACAGUCUGUGGUCCCAAAAUUAUCUAGAGUACUGCAAAUUACAGGUUUAGUGUAUGUCCUGUGUUACCAUAUCCUGAAUCAAGCUCUGCCCCCUGCAAGUCACCGCCACCCUGAUCCUUCACUUGGUUUCACAUCAUCUGUUGGGCAAGGCAGGUGUUCCCAGGCAACCUGCCAUUGGGCUGAGCAGCAGGAUCAGGGCACCUCCUCUACCUGCUCCACCAGAUAGUACACCAAUGGUAAUGGCCGGCUUGGGUACCUCUGGGUCCCGCAGCCACGCAGAGGCAGGAGAUAGGAGGAGGACAUCUGGUCCAGUGGUAGGUGCCCACUGAUAUAUUCCUGCCUGCUCUGAUUUGUGAGGAAAAGUGAAGAGUUUAAGCUGCUCUUAAAAUAAACCCACAGUGAUUAGGGAGCUGGGGCUCCAAGGGCCCAGAUCACGUUCAUAACCCGAGGUUCCACUGUAUUUGCCCAAAUCUGAGCGGUUAUUUUUUUAAAAAUUGUAUCUUUGCUUUGCUUGUUUGUCUUUUUGCAGAUAAUGGCUAAUAGAACUGUGGUGCUGAUUCCCCAAACUAAUGCCAGUGUUAUCCAAGCAGGCCAGGGAAUCCUUGGUACUGUUACCCUACCACCAGGGACGGUACAAUACAUACAAUAUGCAGGCCAGCAGGUUGGAAUCCCCAGCAACCAACCUCAAACAGGGUGGAUGGAGAAACUUGUCAAAGUGGAGGCCAAGACUCUGGGGGUAAGUGUAUUUGAGAUCUGCCAACAUGGAGGUCCAGUGAAUUAAAUAAAUAUUGCAUAUGGUUGCACUGUUGCUCCCUGGCAGGGGGGUGAGGAAGAAAACCAGUUUGGCUUGCAUUUUCCCUGGAAACCAACCAAAUUUGCACUUCCCAAAACAAUAGGCAGACUAAAAUGCAGUUCUCUGAAUUUUGUGAUACAGUUCUCCAACCAAAGAAACGUACAUGUUAGGGAAACAGGUUCUACAGAUGCAUAUAUUAAUUAAAAUGUCAUACAGAAAUGUGUUAUAGUAAAGGAAAUGGCUUGUAAAAUGUGGAGGGGGUAUGCUAUACCUACUACUUGCAUGGAGAGGGAGCAAGGUCCAAUUUACUAGCAGGCUCAAGGGGGGGGUGGACCUGGGUGAGCAUCAUGAGGUGGGGAAAAUGUGUUUCAGUUCUGAAUUUACCAAAGGGAAAUUGAUGUGCUGUUUUGUGCAUUUUGUUCCUACAGGCCAUCCAGAUCUUAAUUGGUUUGAUACACAUUGGCUUUGGGAGUGUCUCAGCUGUUCUUUGUACCUGGCUGUUGACUCUUGCUACUCUUGGAGGUUACCCAUUCUGGGGUGGACUAUUUGUAAGCAGAAUAUUAUUUGCCUUUUGAGUGACAGUGAUUUACACUUUGCAGAUCUGCAUCCAAAUCCCUGUUCAGAUGGUGACUCCUUGUGUGUGGAGAAUAGGCGACUGGUAACAGAAUAGUUGUGUCAUUAAGAAGGCUUUCCCUGAAGUACACUCUAUUCAUUUUAAGGAUUUGUAAUUGUGGAAAAGGCUUCAUUUCUUGAGUAUAUAGUUUUUAGUUAUCAGGUUUAAAUGCAUCUUUUCUAAAAAGCAUUAAGAUUAAGUAAGCCAGUGUCCGUGUUCUCUCCAGUUGUUCCUGGACUACAACUCCCAUCAUCCCUGGCUAUUGGCUAUGCUGGCUAGGGCUACUGGGAGUUGUAGAGCUCUUGCCAGCUAUGCCCUCUUCCAGCACUCUCCAUUCCAUCCCUCUCCUCCAUGGGAAUUCCACUUCAGCCGGCACUCUGCAGUUGCCAACCAGACUCAGUCCUCACUAGGCUGUUCUGAGUUUUUUCCUUCCUCUUUUCAGUUCCUACCACCCCACUCCAAAUAUUUUUUGCAUUUUUGAAACUGGGUUUUCCCAAGCUUGCUGAUACCGUCCCCCCAUUCGCCUUUUGUGUGGAUGGUGUUACUUUGGCUACACAAGGGACAGCACUUAGAGUAUUGAGGCUGCUAUUUGAAUACAGUGGUACUUCGGGUUAUAUACGCUUCAGGUUACAGACGCUUCAGGUUACAGACUCUGCUAACCCAGAAAUAGUGCUUCAGGUUAAGAACUUUGCUUCAGGAUGAGAACAGAAAUCGUGCGCCGGUGGCGCGGCAGCAGCAGGAGACCCUAUUAGCUAAAGUGGUGCUUCAGGUUAAGAACAGUUUCAGGUUAAGAACGGACUUCUGGAACGAAUUAAGUACUUAACCCGAGGUACCACUGUAUUUAUAAUUAUGCAUGUAUGUGAUUCUAAUAUGAUAAAAAUAAUGCUCCUCUUCCUAGAAGGUUAAACUAGUGAACUUCAAGAGAGAAAAGGUUCUGUUAUCUGAUAUAACCCAGUUUUUUACAGUAGAGAGCAUGUUUUUGAAAUUUCUAAAUGAACUUCAGUCAAAUGUGUCUUUUUCCUUGUUUUGUGCAGUUCAUUAUUUCUGGAACCAUGUCGGUGUUAGCUGAGAAAUAUGCAACUCCCUGUCAGGUGAGAGAGAAAGAAAUGUGAGUUUUAAUUUCUUCUAUGAUCCAGGAAAUGCCAGUUAAUGUGUUCCCUUCUUAUUACAAAUCCAAGGCCAUAUUGGCAGCUUCCUCUGUAGAUCUUCAUUUAUUAUAAGCCCAAAUUCUGGAACAAGGAGCCUCCAUCAAGUCCCACCCUCUGUUCCCAUAAACAUCCAUCUUGACCAGACCAGCCUUUGUCUGAAAUGAGGACCCUCUUUGACCAAUGGAGAAUGCAGAGGCAGCCUUGAGUCUGCCAGCUGGACCUGUUGCCCUUCUUUCAGGACUCUAGCAAGGAACUGUGCAUUCGCUGUGCCCCUUCUGAUAUUCCCCACUGGCAUAUGCAAAUUCUAUCCAUUUAUGUGAAAAGCAAAAGAAAUUACAACCAUUUUUAGAGUCCUCACUAUAGGCCAUAGGGGCAAAACAGGUUUGGAUUUCACUAAUCAGAUGCUAACCCAAAUAAUAAAUCAAAUCGGAAUGACCCGCAGCAGACCUGAAACAGUUACUUCCAAACACAACAGAACUUGCCAUAGUUGCUGAGGCUGAUGGGAAUUGGAGUCUGAAAACAUUAGGAGGGUGCCAGGUUUGUGAAGGUUGAUUGCUCAACAAACUAAAAAUUAUUUUUCUGUAAGGGAAAUACUGCCCCCCCCCCCCGAUUCAACACAGGAAUUGUGUUGACAUUUAAUUUAUAUUAAGAACUCAAUAGAUGAACAUUCCUGAACAACUACUUUCCUUUCCUUUAAACAUCAAAAUAGGUAGAACAAUACAUAGUACGACGCAUGUUAUAUACGUAUAAUGUAUACAACAAAAAUGACACAAUUUGAAGGAGCUCAGUAACUAACAUGGAAUUGUUUUAUGGAGGUUACCUUAAUUCAAAAUAUUGCCAGAACUGCUAGAAGCUCUCCCACAGAAGAGUCAAGACAGGUAGACAGGCCAGUAACGAAGCGGAAAUUCUGUACCAGCAGGCAAAUAGGGAAAGCCCCUCCCCGAGUUGGGUGAGUAAAAAGACAAAGCCUUGGGAGAGCAGUUUUUGGGAGGAUUGCAUUUUUCCUGUUGUAAGCGGGAGGAAAAAUAGUUGUAUUUUGCAAACACAGCAAGCUGAAGAGACAGGGAGUCAGAGCACUAUGUCAGUGUAAAUCCAAGGUGGUAGUCAUGGGAGAAAUGGGACUGAUUUGGAGUGUAAUCCUAGAAGCUUCUCCAUUGCAAGCUCAGGUUGUAUAUAUGUACAUGUAAUUAAACUAUAUAUCAUAAAGACAUCACAAUCUCCGAUGUGCCUCAUUUCUAAAUGAAACACGAGACCAUGUGUUUCAGGUAAGUGCCUGGACGCCUGGAAUCUCACACAGCUUGGAGACUGGGGUGGUGUGUAACACUAUACUUGCUUUGUAUUUUUUGAAGCCUGAAAAUGACAUUCUUUGUUUCUUUCAGGUGCGAGGCAGCGUAGGAAUGAAUAUCACAAGUGCUGUAAUGGCAUUAGUUGGCAUCAUUCUGUAUUUGGUAGAGCUGUCUGUAGGUCCUUUGGGUUAUAAUCCAUAUGAUUAUGAGACUGGGCAAAGGUAUUAUUCGGCAAAGGUAAGUGAAAAGAACGCUAUGCAGAACUUUGGCCUUUGGACUAAUCAGUGUAUGUGAGAAACAACUUAUGUGAACCCGAUGGAACUUCCCCUUCCUCUCCUCUCCCUGUGUGCCCAACCUCCAAAUCUGCAGGUGAGGAGUGAGAGGAAGAAGAAGAGGGAGAUGUUCUGUUGUACUCACAGAAGUCCUCCCAUGACAGUGAUUCAGUUUGAUGUCUUUAUGGGCAGCAUCCAGAAAGAGGGAGAAAUCCCAAUCACCAUCAGUUUUGCUUUCUGUUUUCAACACAUCACUUCUCACUGCUGAAGAGACUAGCCACUAUUUAGUUUAAAAGGUAGCUUGCCUCUUCAGCAGUGAAAAUAGCAAGCAUAGCUGAAGCUCUCCACAUGGUUCUCCUACCCACCCAGGUUCCUUCUUUGCAUUUUGGUUUGUAGCUUUGGAAACCCAGCAUUCUGCCAGGCUCUGAAGCCUGGACAGAAAUGCCUGACCAUUUGGUCUUAAGCUGUUCUUUCUCCAUAGCUUACUACAGUUUGUUCUCUUUCAAAAACAGAUGAAUACCCACUAGGCAUCAGUUCUGCCACUUUAAAGCCUCCUCCAUCAUGUAGAUGGAGCUACAUGACUCAGCCUGUGGACAAUGUGGCCCUUGGUCACAGGCUCUGAUUCUGCCUGCCAUUUGGACUGGUACGCCAGAUUUAAAGUUUUUCUUGGUGCUGUUUUACUGGACUUUUAAAAACAUUUUUUACCUUCAAAGUUUUGGGGUGGCAGAUUUUCUAGAAUUCUUGUUCAAGGCAGCUUUUGGAACUGGUAGUCAGUGUGGCCUUUUACAGCAGUUAUUAGUGCUGUGUUGAAAACUAUCCUCCAACUGCUGGAAGAAAUUCUGCCCACACAACAGAGGCUUCUUUCAUUCUACCUCAUUCGCACAGCACUUUAGAUUUAUUGUGGCUCUGGGGAGGCAGGCUACCAGACUCUUGAGAUCAGCACACUCAGUGAUUUUGCUUUUAAAUUAAGUUCUUCAUUUUAGCCUCGGAAUCACAGAGUUGGAAGGGACCCUGAGAGUCAUCUAGUCCAACCCCCUGCAAUGUGGGAAUCUCAACUAAAGCAUCCAUCACCUCUGCUUAAAAACCUCCUGUGAAGGUUUAUUAGUGCUACUGUUAUUACUGCUCCGUGCUUGCUACUUAGCUGUGCAAACAUCUUUCCACUAAGCAGUCAUUCUGUUACUGGAAAGAUUACAUAUCCCCAAUACUAGCACUGUAAUAUUUUUGUCCCUGAGAAAAUGCUAUUUAUCCUUAGAGCUAGUGCAUCCAUUCCAUCAUGCUCCUUCUGGGGUAGUUUGUCCACCUUUGGUCUCCACCCUGCACUCAGCUCUCACCUGUGGCUCCUAGAAGCUUUCAGCAUGCGACAGCAGCCACAUGCCAGAAAAUGGCUUCGGUUGGCCAGUUAAACCAGGUGAUGGCAGCCGAUGGGUCUUAAACCCUUGGUGAGUUAAGGACUUCCCCUGCAAGCGAAGACAGGCUCUGGUGAAUUGAGCGGAUGAGACCAGAAGCAGAUCCAACAGUCAAGAAGGUGGUUUCUGCACAUGCUGUAGAGGGAAGUGAGCUCAUCAGUCUGGGAAGGUAGCCCAUCUAGGAGAAGAGAAACUCUGAUCCUAAACCUCUGCUGCCUUGCAGGAUAUAUUCGGGAGAAGACAAUGCUAAGGAGCAAAUGCUACAUAAAUCCAGAGUGGAGUCUAAGAUGGCUGGGUGGUGCUUUAUAUGCUUCUUCCUAGCAACUCCUGCAGCCCAACUGGUGCCAAACGUAUUGCUCUGCUUUCCUUUGGACCACAUCAGCGAGGCCAAGAGGGGGCAGGGUCAUGUCACCUGGGCAGCCCAGGACCUUCCUACACACUGCCCAGGCUUGCACUUUGGUGCUGAUAACGCAGUGGUGUGACUUCACCCCCAGAGGCACACUCCAUUGUCUCUUGAUGCCAACAACAACAACUUGCAGUUGGGAAAUGCCAUUUGGAAUAUGGCUAUGCAGUUGCCAUGGGCUCCCAUUAGAUAAUGUGGCAUCAUUGUACAUGAAAGGCAGAAUGUCUUACUCUGCCUCUUCCUUGAGCUGGGGAGUGAAGAGAAGGUGUCUUGUUUCAAAAAGCGAAGGGAUGCAACAACAACAAAACCAGACAUGGGAUUUUUCCAGCUCCAGUUUCUUGCAUGUUCUGAAUGUUCACCCUGGGUGCUGAGUUCUGAUGUUGUUUGAAAUCAGAAACGCCAGCAUAAUGACUUGAGUCACUACAUUAUAAACAAAAGAAAUUCCCUUUUGAGGAGGCAAGAUUAAUUUGUCAUGAAAGCUGACAAAGCAAAUAAGACCAAGGGGUGGUGUUCAUUUCAGGGCAGACUUUGGAGUGCCAAAAUACCUUAAAUUCAUGCAUAAAUGCACUGACAUUUCUGCUCCUUAGGAUUCUUCCCAGCUGCUGCUUUUCUUUCACAAGGAUGUGUUGCGAAUGACAUAGGAGGGUUAACAAAGAGGGUAUUUCUGGAUGUGAGACUCAAAUUGGCUCUUCCUUUGUCUGGUGUCAUACAAAUGUAAACCCAACUAACGAGAAUGUGCACAGGGUUGUUCUUUUGCAGAUAUCCCAUAAUAGAGCCUUUAAAUGAGGCUCAAAUGACCAUGUUUAGAGUUGUGUGAGGGCAUUCCAGGUUCCACUGCCUACCAAACAGUGUCGGUCCUGGGUUGGUAGCCCUGGUUUGGGAUGCUGCAAAACACAAACAUGCUAUGAGGGUCUCUGCCCAGGUUCAAAUUCACCAAGGAUUAAACUAGGUUUUAUUUCACCCAGGUCAAAGACCCAGCACAUUUGCGUAAACACACACAGAGGCUGGGAGCCUCAAUGGUGCCCUUUUGGAGGCUUCAUCCCAAGGAGGGGGGCAGACAACUAACCCCCACCCCCACCCCAGUAGCUACGGCACUGUACUCUCUAUCCUUGGUUUUACAAUUGUACGUUUCAAGAGGUAUUUGUAUAUGAAGCAAACGCUUUAAUCAAAUUAUUCAAAAUCAUCACCAUUACCAGCAGAUUUUCCUUGGCUGAUUCCCAGAAGGUUACAUAGAAGAUGGAGACUAGGACACUUUUUAAUGUUGCAACUAAACUUAAUUGGCAGUACUUUGAACUGUAUAUGAUAAAUGACUUUCUACCCGCUUCUGUGCUCCACAGGCUGUAAGUACUGGGUUUGCCGUUAUUCUCCUCUUGUUCAGCUUUCUGGAGUUCUGCAUCGCUGUUUCAUUAGCACAUUUUGGGUGCCAGUUAACCUGCUGUUCCAAUGACCCGGUAAGCAUUUGAUACCUUGCUUAAAGUUUAAGCAGAUCUUGUUGAGAGGUUUGGAGAGGAUUAUUCCUUUAAAGAUUAUGUUUCCACCCCACCCUGUCUCCAAAGAGCCACCCACCACUUCCACAAAUAUCCUCACAACAACCCUGGAAGGUAGUUCAAGGUGAAAGUGAGUGACUGGCGAGCUUCAUAACCAAGGAAGCUUCAUAACCAACAACUUUACCAGCCAUUUUUUGCCCAGAGAACCUACAGGUCUUUGCCACUACUUUAUCACUGUUAUAAAAAGUGUUAAAGUGUGUGGAAUAUUUUCCCUGAACACAUGAAACAAUACAACGAAGAAAAAUCACACCCCAUUACCGAGGACUUCUCUCAUGAGUAAACUUGCACAGAUAGAUGUUCAUACCUGGAGUCUAGUGCUGUGAAUCCAGUGUUGAUCAGAAACACUCCUUUAAGAGGAAAGACGAACCCCAAACAAAUAACCCAGUUUAUCUCUAAACUCGGCUGAGAGGGCAGGAAUCUUUUUAAAGAAGGAAGUCCCAGACAUUUUUGUGUUCAUUUACCCCCUUGCCCCUGCCACCCCACCAGCACCAUCCCCCUCUUGCCUGCAUGGCAUGGGGGUGGCCACAAAGCAGCAGCUGUGGCACCUGCAGAACGCUUGUGUCAGCGCUGACUUCUGGUAAGAUCUUGCCGAAGUCUGGCACCCUUAUCUCAGAACAUCCAGACGUGGGGGAUGUGCUCCUCAAGACAUGAGCCCAAGCACUGUGUGAUUAAACCCAUAGUUCACAUUACACCAAUAUGUAGCGGUACACUCUGCAGUAGUAGAAUAUGGGGACAAAGGCUUUAUUCCCUGUCCCAGUUUGCCUAGGCAGGAUUUACCUGUCAUGCAACUUUUAGAGCAAAACAGAAGGAUUUGGAGAACUGCAGAGCAGGAAGUGCAGUUGCAAAUUGAUAAUCUGCCAGCUCCAGCCCUUUUCCGAUAUUUUAACACUGAUCCUCACGCAAUCAGAAUUGCUCACUGGCCCUGCCCCUUCUGUGAUGUUCUCACCCUCAUUCAUGAUGAUGACCAGAGUGGUGGCGGCCCCUGAAUGCUGCCAGGAUGGCGAUUAUGACAAUGGUGAUGACAUGGCAUCUGUCUUCUUCUGAUGAAUUACUCUUCUGUUAUACAGGCAAUGGUUUAUGUUCCCUACACUGUUGAUACGGCUCCUACUGAAGGCAAUUGUGUUCCUCCUCCUCCAGCUUCUGCUCCUCCUCCAGCUUACAGUACUGUGGAUUCUUUCCCCAAGAAUGAGUGA